UCUGGUGAAGGGGCUGUCUGUAGGCACCAUGUCGGGCCGCGAAGGUGGCAUAAAGAAGCCCCUGAAACAGCCCAAGAAGCAGACCAAGGAGAUGGACGAGGAAGAUAAGGCUUUCAAGCAGAAAGAAAGAGGGGAGCAGAAGGAACUCGGGGGGGGGGGGGGGCUAAAAGCCAAGGCCGAGGGCAAGGGACCCCUGGCCACAUGUGGAAUUAAGAAAUCUGGCCGGGCGAGGUGUUUUGACUUUGCUUUUGCCAAGAAUCCCAAAGGGGAUACCAGUUCAGAAUGA